AUUAAUCAUAUGAAUAAAGCUGAACUCAAAGGACCGUCUUUUAUGUUUCUUUUUUCUUUUCAGUCCAAAAAGUGUGAACUUUCUGUGAUGCUCUAGCCUUUCUACAUUCGGUUGGCAGUGUCAGAAAUCGAGCAUUAGGUACUUCGUAGUCAUGGAUUCGAGUGUUGCAACUCAGAAUCAUGAAACAUCAAGAAAGUUUCACAGUGAGCAAACUCUGGUUGAUGUUGAAGACAUUAUUAGCGAGUUACAUGAAAUCACUCUUGGUCACAUCCUGUGUUUCCUUCCAACUAUGGAGGCAAUUCACACUUGUGUAUUAUCAAGAAGGUGGAUUGAAGUUUGGAAAUCCAUCACCAGUUUACAGUUUAAUGAUAGUUCCCUUUGUUCUGGGAAGAAGAUGCAACAAGAACAAUUUGUGCAUUUUGUGAACAGAGUGCUUCUUCACCUAGUUGAUUCAAGCAUACAAAGUUUCUCUCUUUGUUUAACAUGUUAUCAUUAUGAUGUAUCACAGGUUAGUGCAUGGAUUUCCACUAUCUUGGAAAAGGGUGUCCAUAAGCUUCGUAUUCAGUAUGCUGAUAAAGUCGUCCUUUCUUCCCAUUCCCUCUUUAACUGCAGCUCUCUAGUACAUUUGGUGCUUCAAAUGAGAUGCACUCUUAGUGUUCCCAUCUUUGCUUCUCUCCCAAAUCUUCAAAACCUUAGCAUUUCUGGGAUUAAGUUAGUGAGUGAAUCCUCCACUUAUUCAGAAGAUAUAAUUCUUAGCUUCCCAGUUCUCAAAGUGUUUGAAGCUAGGGGAUGUGAGUGGUCAACUAUGCAGAAUAUUAGUAUACAGGCACCUCUACUUGAAACAUUUUCAAUAGCAAUAUGGAACUCCCAAUCAAAUGAAACAUGUAAAUCUUCCAUCAAGAUUUUUGGUCCUCAUCUAACUGAUUUCUCUUAUGAGGGUGAUCUUGAACAAGAUAUCAUUCUAUUAAAACCAUCAUCAAUUAGAAGUGCUUCUGUUGUGAUUGUUAUUGAUGAAGACAAAAAGAACAGAAUGGAAAAACUUGGGUUUCAAGCACAUAUGCUUCUCAGACAGAUCCAUGAAGUGGAACGAUUGAAAUUAUUGUUUUACAAGGUUAUAAUGCAUGCUAAAGAUAUUUUCGCCAAUCUACCUGUUUUUGGAAGGUUGACUUAUCUGCAACUAAACGAGGUUACUGGUGAAGCUCUGUUGAACAUACUCCACAAUUCCCCAAAUCUUAAUACUCUUGUUUUACUUAAUGGAGUAUGUGACUUAAAUAAAGAUAUCUUGACUUCUGCAUCAGUGCCUCAUUGCUUUAUGUCAAGCCUCAAAGUUUUUCAGUUUAAAGGAUUUAAUGUGCAUGACCAUGAGCUUUGUCUGGUAAAAUUCGUGAUGGCAUAUGCAGCAAUCUUGGAGAGGAUUGCUAUAUCUACAGCUUUUUGGCUGCGUUAUUCAGAUAUUGACUUGGAGAAAGUUAAGGAGCAGAUACUCUCUUUUCCAAAGUGCUCCAGCGUUGCCAUGAUAGAAUUUUCUGAUGUCAACGGUUCCUGAAGAUUUUCAGAACAGAGUACUUGUGCUGCAACUGUUAAAUGUAUUUACUUUGUGUCUCUAAUUUGCUUUAUUGCAUCAUGGAAAUGUAAAAUAAGUAAAUAAUAUAGUGUGAGUUGUGAUUAGUGAGAGGCCAAGGUUUGCAGAUUUGUGUUCACCAGUUCUUGAAGGGCAUACACAUGUUGUAUCACCACCACUAACCACGAACUACACCAGAAGAAGCUUUUAUUAUGAUCACAUAGAGAGGAAGCGAAAUUACUGAAAGUGAUAUAUAAAGAAAUAAGGAUCAGUGACUUGAGAAGAAAGAUCUUUGAGAGCAGAUUGUUGCCCUACACUAGAUACGGUUUUUCUAUCAUUCAGAUCUUCACCCUUGCCAAAGACUCUCUUGUAAGAUCUUCCUGCAUUCAGAAGGUGGAGCCUUUUAUUUGCUUUUUUUUAUUUUUCUCUUCAUUGUUCUGUUCAAUUAACUGUUUCAAUCCCUCACCUCCAAACUUUAGGAUUUGCCACUUCCAUCGGUUCCAAGGGUUGGUCUUACGUUUGGUGAAGCAUUUCAUAUGUACUCUCAAGAUCCAAACAUCUUUGCCAAUUAAAAGCUUCAUAU